ACUCAACGAUCAUCUGAUGCAAAGAAUGAGUCAAAUAAAUCAGGGUCACUCUUGAGAACUUUUGACUUGACUAAUCUUUUUUUUUUUGAUCGAGAAUGUGACUUGACUAAUCUCUGUGUGGAAAAAAAGGAGAAACUUGAAUAAUGUUUUGUCGUUGCAUGAUUUAGUACGUAGCCCUUUCUUUGGGUUCUAGCUCAAAUCUUUGAUCGAUGCUACUAGCUUUUAAUAGUCCUAGCCUGGGAUAGUUUUGUAGUGUUCUUUGUAUCUUCAGCUCUGAUCGUUAUAAUCUAAAAAUUAGGGUAUUUAUUUGCGUUCAUUUUCUGUGUUGCUAUAUAUGGCUAUUCAGCUUAUUAAACAUACAGCAAUGUUGUUGAGUGGACGAGAUCUCUGCCUUGGGGUUGUUUUCUUGUUAUUGCUUAGUUGUGGAUUCAGUUCUGGCGGUGAGAGUGAUAUCAACUGCUUGAAAAGUAUAAAAGCAUCACUUGAGGACCCUUUGGAUAUGUUAACCUCUUCAUGGGAUUUCAGCAACAUCACCGAAGGUUCCAUCUGUAGCUUUCUGGGAGUGGGGUGUUGGCAUCCUAAUGAGAGCAAAGUGCUGAAUAUCAACCUUUCGAAUUUGGGACUCAAGGGCCAAUUUCCUCGCGGCAUAGCCAAUUGUACAAGCUUGACAGGCUUAGAUCUUUCGAGCAACAAGUUGAGCGGAUCCCUUCCUGCUGAUAUCAGUAGAAUCAUUCCAUUCAGUACGUUGCUUGCCCUCUCGUAUAACAACUUCUCCGGGACAAUCCCAGCCAGUAUUUCCAACUGCACUUAUCUGAAUGUCCUCAAGCUUGAUCACAACCAGCUAUCGGGUCAGAUUCCCGGAGAAAUUGGCCAACUUUCCAGGCUUAAAACAUUCAGUGUGGCCAACAAUCUUCUGCAUGGGCCAGUCCCAGACUUCGUUGUGGCUUCGGUUACAGCGGACAGUUACGCAAACAAUCCCGGACUGUGCGGCGGUCCUCUGAAGAGUUGCAGGUCAUCCGUGGAGAAGUCGUUGAAUUGUUCAAGUCCACCACUCUAGUCAUGAUGGUAGCAGCUGGUUUUGGUAUUGGUUUUGUUUUCUCUUUUUGUUGUUUCACUUUUCAAUAAACUCUUUGUUGCUAAGA